UAAACUGCUGCCCAAAAGCAAGCCCCGGAGAACUUCAAUAACCUCCAGGAAAGCUCUGAGGUUAGGGAGACUAGCACAGCCAAAGAAGACAUGAGGAGUCUGCUGGCACUGCUGAUCCUGACUCUGGCCCUGGCAGCACUCUGCUGUUGUGAGAAAGAUCCCAAAGAACCCUCAGGAUCUCUCGGUGCUGACAGCAUCAAGAUUAAAAAAGAAGUUGCCAAUGCCUUUGUGAAGAGGAAGAAGAGAGCCAGCCCUUACGAAUGGUACUUGGAGUAUUAUAAAAGCCCAAUGGAGCAGAUGCACGAGCGCUGUGAAAACUACCCCCCCUGUGACUAUCUCUCCGACCAAGUAGGGUUUGCCUUGGCCUACAACCGCUUCUUUGGCAGAUACUGAGGAUGGGAAGGCCUCUCCGCUUGUUUGGCUUAGAACACUCCAAACCCCACAGGAGAAAGAAGCUGUGGUUGGGAAGGAGAGAAGGAAAGCAUCUGGACUGGCAUCUUCUUCUGUUGUCUCCCAACCAGCUGGAACACCAAGAAAGGGAUUAUCCCACUUGUUGAACUUCCAUUAACUUUCUUCCUUUCAUCAAUAAAGUCUCUCUUCAGGCAUCUUUUGUGGUAUUUUGGGCUUCACCAGAAAACUCUGUCUUAUUUCCUUCCACCUGAAUACCCAGCACACAAUAUUUGGAAAAUAGGGAUUAGUUUCAAGAAAACCACUGCAUGCCUUAGAAACAUCACUAGAUCUCUUAUCCUCUUCUGCAAAAUACAGGAGGAUUAUGGAAGAAGAAUGUCACAGUGUGUGUGAAUGUGAUGGAUCUGAUCCUGGGAUGCUCGCUGUGAAGAAGGAAGAACACCUGCCUCCCGUUCCAAUUAGUAGGAAAGUUCAGUAUUUUCUUGUAGUAUAAUCACAUUGAAUAUGCAUCACAGUAGGAUCAUUUGUAAAGACAGAAGUGUGCAAAUACUCUUCCAUAGAUAGCAAUCAGCUUCUGGUACAGUCUUCUGAUUACUCUGCCAUAAAAUUUGCUGUAUAGCAACAAUAAAUGAAUCCCAAAAGGUGUGUUUAAGGAGUGCCUUUAGAUAAGCCCUUGCAUUUGUGUGCUGCUUUUCGUGACUGUAAAAAAAGACCUUGAAUUCUCUUGGUUUUUCUGUUUUUCUGGUUUUAGUUUUGGUUUUUUUGUUUUUUUUUUCCCAACCAGCCUCUACUCAAACUAAAAAUACCCAGCAGAACAGCAACAACAACAAAAAAACCCAAAACCUCUUCUCCUCUUCUGCUUUUGCAUUUAUGCUUGAAACCAGAAGUACCUAAACAGCUAAAAAAAAUUAAAAAAAAAAGAAGAAAAGAAAGAUAUAAACAUUAUGAAAUUAAAAACAAUAACCUUCCUAUUAUACUCUGUCAGCUACCCUUUCCUGAGAAGUAGACAGCAGAUCACACCUCCAAGGACAGGGACUGCAGAUGCUCAGGAAACUGGCAGAGACCAAAUCUCUGGUUACAUGUAAGCUGGUGCAACCAUCCUCAGCUGCUCACUGCAAUAAAUACUGCUAUGUAAAGCA